GGGCACUUGGAAGCGACACAUAGAUCAGACCAUUAAAAUACCAAAUAGGGACUCAGGAGUGUUGGAAGCCGAAUGUAGCGUAAACCCACCCGACCCAAGGGGGGAAAUAGUUACAGAGGGGACAGGGAAGGAUACAGACGGGCCAGACAGGGAACCCGAGACAAUCUCAACCGGACGUGCUCGCCCGACUAGAAUGAAAAGAUCGCCCGACCGCUAUACAACAGUAGAUUUUAGGAAAUAAAAUCGACGCUACACGUUUAUAUGCAUGUAUACUUUUUUUUUCUAUAACAUAGACAAAUUAGCAUGUAAAAUAUGGUAUACACGACAAAGACUAUAUAUAGAUGUUAUACAUAAAAAAAAAAAAAAUGUAAAAUUAGAUGUAAGUUUUAGUCAGUAAGUAGAAUAAGCACGGUCAUAUAAAAUCAAAAGCUAAUCAAAUUAUUUAAUGUUAGGGGAGAGGUGUUGUAUAUCGUACUUCGAUACAGUCAUUAUAAUAAUUUGAUAAUAAUAUACGCGGUGGGGACUGUCCACCGCGUACGACGCCGAUCGGCAUACACAAGCUAGUCGACGUUACGAGUUUACAAUAAACGAAUAUAUGUCUAGAACACCAUACAAAUUUGUGUUGUUUAUUCCAUAGUGUUGUAUAUGUAGAAUACAACAAUAUUUAUUACACAGAUGAAGAAUAUAAGUUCAAAACCGUAUAGGAAAACGUUUAAUCUAAUUUAUCCUUUUAUAGAUCAACUAAUUGCUAUACAUCAACAAUAUAUUCAAAAUGAUCAUCAAAUUCUAAAUGAUCUCUUGAACGAUGGGCUAAGAUUAGCGUUUUUUAAAAAUAACUUCAGCAAUAAAUUCGUUCAGCUUUCGGUAGGAGAGUUAAGACCAAUACUGGAUACAUUGUUUCUUCAUAUUGAUGCUAAUAAUACACUGGCUCCGUUUGUUUAUAAUUAUCGUGACGACAAUCCUUUAGAUGCGUCAACGUAUUGUGAGGCAUUCAGCGCCCUUCCAAGGUAUUAAUUUUUGGUAGUUUUUUUUUUUUUGUUGUAGUGACUUAUGGCUAAAGUUAAAGAAAUUAAUGUAGACAUAUAGUAACUAGUACUAUAGUUAAUUAAAAAUAGUUAAAUAUUAUAUUUUAUUUGGUAUUGCCUAUAUGCUGUCACAGAGGUGAUAAAUUUGUUAUUGUUAAUUUUUAUAAUAUAAGGUAUAACGUAAUACAUAAUAUACUUUUAUAAAAUAUUAUUAAGUAUGAUAUUCCGUUAUGAUUCAUAAUUAAAUAUAGUUCAAUAUGUUAUAAAAAGCUUACUAUGGUGUUUAAGUAAUAAAAUGUAUUAAUUUC